GGGGCCGCGAGGCACCGCACGCGGGGAGGGAGCGGGCGGUGGGGAACACGGCCGGGUUGGGGGAGGGGGCGGUGUCACGUGACAGGGGGCAGGGCGCCAUGAUAAGGGCGGGCAGCAGGGGUGGUCGGUGUCUGCGCUUUCUCCGCUUCUGCGCUGUGGGGCGGGAUCCCCUCAUCGUCCCCAGGACGCGCGGGCGGCGGCGGCGGCUGUCCCUGACCUGCUCUGCUCUGCUCUGCUGUGCUCUGCUCUGCCCUGCCCUGCCGGCUUUAAAGCACGGUGGGGAGACGGUUAGGUGGAGGCGUGCGUUAAAGGUGGUGAGGUCUGGUGAGCCUCCCGCGAAGCCUGGUGUCAAACGCCUUACCGACCGGUACAGGUCGUGUGUAUCCAGCGGGCCGUCCUGCCCACAGCCGUGACCGGUGCCUAGAUGAAGGGACUGAGUGAGAUGUACAGCUGCUGCUCAGCAUGUCUUGGCUGCUCCAACUCUGCACUCUCUGACCAUGAGCAGCAAUUCCUCCCUCAUCAAUGUGAAGGGCCUGAGGAACCUCACCACGCAGGAAAACGGGGCUGUCAGAGUCACCGAGUCUAUUGCUAUAAUUGUCAUUGCCAUUUUCAUCUGUUUGGGCAACCUGGUGAUUGUUGUCACCCUCUACCGGAAGUCUUACCUUCUCACAUUGAGCAACAAGUUUGUGUUCAGCCUGACCCUCUCCAACUUUCUUCUCUCUGUACUGGUACUACCUUUUGUUGUCACCAGCUCCAUCAGGAGGGAAUGGAUCUUUGGAGUCGUUUGGUGCAACUUCUCAGCACUGCUCUACAUGCUGAUCAGCUCAGCCAGCAUGCUCACUCUUGGACUCAUAGCAAUAGACCGGUACUAUGCUGUCCUGUACCCGAUGGUUUACCCAAUGAAGAUUACAGGCAACAGAGCAGUGGUAGCUCUUGUGUACGUGUGGCUACAUUCCCUCAUUGGCUGUCUCCCUCCCCUCUUCGGCUGGUCAUCUUUGGAAUUUGACCAGUUCAAAUGGAUGUGUGUGGUGGCCUGGCAUAAAGAGGCUGGAUACACUGCCUUUUGGCAGAUCUGGUGUGCGUUGCUGCCUUUCUUGGUCAUGAUGAUCUGCUAUGGAUUCAUAUUCCGUGUGGCCAGGAUUAAAGCUCGCAAAAUCCACUGUGGUAGCGUGGUUAUUGUGGAGGAAGACUCUCAGAGGAAUGGGAGGAAGAACUCCAGCACCUCCACAUCCUCUUCAGGCAGCCGAAGGAAUGCUUUCCAAGGCGUUGUCUACUCUGCCAACCAGUGCAAAGCUUUCAUAACCAUCUUGGUUGUCAUUGGUGCUUUUGUGAUUACAUGGGGGCCUUACAUGGUAGUAAUUACGUCAGAGGCACUUUGGGGAAAAAAUAGUAUUUCCCCUGCCUGGGAGACAUUAGCUACGUGGUUGUCCUUUUCCAGUGCCAUUUGCCAUCCACUGAUUUAUGGACUGUGGAACAAAACGGUGCGCAAGGAACUACUAGGAAUGUGCUUUGGGGAUCGGUAUUAUCGUGAGUCCUUUGUGCAGCGGCAUAGGACAUCAAGGCUAUUUAGCAUUUCCAAUAGGAUCACAGAUUUGGGACUAUCUCCCCAUCUCACUGCCCUCAUGGCAGGUGGGCGGCCAUUAGGAAACAGCAGCAGCACAGGAGACACAGGUUUCAGCUGCUCGCAGGAUUCAGGAACAGAUGCAAUGCUUCUAGAAGAUUAUAGCUCGGAUGGCCCUCAUCCCCCGCACUGCAUCUGUCCUCCUCGAAGGAGGAGUUCAGUGACAUUUGAAGAUGAAGUGGAACAAAUUAAAGAAGCUGCAAAGAAUUCUGUUCUUCAUGUAAAAGCAGAAGUCCAUAAAUCUCUGGACAGUUAUGCGUCCAGUUUAGCAAAAGCUAUUGAAGCAGAUGUGAAAAUCAGCUUAUUUGGGGAGGAGGCUUUACCAGGAGCUCUGUUCCCUGUGCGGACUCUGCCAGGAAGCAAUAUGAACACACGACGUAGUACUAGACCCCAUGCCAGCCAAAGACUUCCGCUGCAGAGCAUUGAUGAAGGGAAUAUUUGACAGGAGCAGUAGAAUAAAAAGAAAAGCAAGAAGAAACCACUAAGCGUUACCUAAUACAGCUGUUACUAUUUUAACAGAAAUGGCAUACCUUGUUGGUAUGUUUUCAGUGUUUUGUCAAGAACACUUGAAAGCCAGCUGAAUUGUGGUAUAUACUUAUGUCAGCAUUUUACAGCAGUAUUUUUUUACUGUUUAGGGUGCUAUUGACUUUUUUUGUGCCAUGUCUUAAACCUAUCACACAAUACAUAAGAACACAGGGUUUGGUUUCAUGGACCACAUCAUUAGUCCAUCAGAUCUUAUGUCCCAUAGUUGCCAAAGCUGAUACAGGGAUGGAAAAGGAAAAGGUAUGUUUCAUACAGUAUUGCAAAAAUCCUUUUCUGACCACCCGGAUAAUCAGUCUGUACCUCCAGGGCUGGAGGUAUGAGUGAGACUUCCAAAUGAUGGAGCCUGGAUUUAACUAAGGUGUAAAAUCUGAACUUUUCAGAAAGCUCAUGCAGUUAAUGGUCCUAUUUACCCUUGCUAGCAGAUGAUAUUUCCAGCUGUUCAACCAUCAGAACUGGACUGUAUGUUGCUUCUGUUUCAUGAGACACCAACUUCUCAGAUGUAAAGGGGGGAGGCAGACCAGUGCUAUAAAUAUCACUGAGAUGGUGUGGAAGAAUGACAGGCAAAAUUCUUUGUUUCUCAGAAAACUUCAGUUCACUUUCUAGGUUCUGCUUUUACUAAAAGGGCACUCUACAGUUGUGGAAAGUUUGAGAGAAUAUAAAUGAGGUAUUACCACUUAAAUAUUAAUGAUAUAUUCAGGAUUCAUCUUUCCUAUAGAGAGAAGCUCUGUGAGGUAUUUGAAUUUUUUUUUUUUUUUUAUCAGAAGAGACUGUACUAUUUAAGCAAUAGUUACCUCAGUGCAUAUAUUCCUUGGAGUUUAAUUCAUUAACCUCUAAAAUAAGAACAUUUAGCACUUACAUUGCACUUUGCAUGUCCUAAGCACUGUACAGACAUGACCUUGUUAAGCCUUGAUGAGAUGGUUUAUCAGCCCUGUUUGCCAAAGAAGUGGGACUCAGCAACCAUUAAAAAGCUGCUGGAAAUUAAACCAGCUGCAAAGGUGGAAAGGUUUGUUAUGAAAAGAGAAAUGAGCUGGAUUAUAAGAGAAUGCCCAACUUGAGGAACCUUUCUGUGCCUUCCUGGGCUGGCCCCUUCCUUACUUUGUGGGGGUUUUAGCCCUGCCUUAUUGCCUAGUUCAAAGAGACAUAAAUUAGCAGGAUAAUUCCUUGGGAGUGUAUGGCAGUAGCAAAUGGACUUAAGGACCAAGAGUUCGCAUUUGUUUGCAUACUUUGUGUCUCCUUCCCCCGACUUUCCCCAGAAGUGGUUUGUAUGAAUUUUUGCUGCAGAUACUUUGGAAAUCUGGGGCAGGAUAUUUGCAUCUGGGCAAAAGCUGGGUGCACACUUCUUAAAUUAUGGCUGUGUGAAUUGCUCAAAGCCACAGAAACAAACUGUUCCUGAGGCAGAGCCUCAGUCCAGUACUGUAUUUAGACAUCCUGUUUGUCUGUGUUCCCAAUUCAGAAAUGUAUUGCAGCACAAGCUUUAGUCCAUCUCUGGACAAAGCACUUUAUGAACCAGCUUGAAUCCCAUUACACUCCCAAGUGAGAUUUAAGUGCAUGCUUAAAAUUCAGUACAUGGUUUGCUGAUUAAGAACAGACUGUUAAAGCAAGAACACUUAAGCACCAGUAAGAUGCUUCUUUGCGUAAUUCAGGAAUUAAAAGACAUAUAAAAGGAAGCCUAGUUUGGGCAGUAUGGAGAGCUGAUGCUCUAGAGAGCAGCAUAUGGAUCCUAGCUCCUCUUCAUGGCUGUAUUUUUUCUUUCUAGCCUAUUAAAUAAAUUGGCGCCCUUGGGCAGACAUUCAAAAACAAAGUCCCAGUACUUGCUAGGAAAUGCCCUGCACUGAGGUCAUUAUUGCUACCGUGAACGUUACAAUCACAGUUGUUUACUGUAGUCAGCACUCCUGAAGGUAUGCACCCACCUCACAUGGCUUGAAAUAUUUUAUCUGCUUCCUUUUAUUUCAUAUUCCUGCUUCAAAACAAGUUGAGCAAAGCUGUCACUGAGCAUGAAGAGACUGAAAGGGCACACCUGAGACUGAAUGGAUACUAGUGGAAAGGAGUCGGUGCUAGGCCAAAAUGGUGUGAUAUUUAGGAGGGAAAAAUACCAAGGCACAUGUAAAAGCACAAAAUUGUUAGUACUAUGUAAAAAGCACAAAAUUCACAAAGGUACUGAGCCAAAUUCAGCCUUCAGGUGGGUUGGUAGAGUUGCAUCAGUUUACAUCAUGACUGAAUUCAGCUCUCAGUGUUAAUGUCACUAAUCCAUUAUUUAGUGUAAAUGUUGCUAAUAGUAUUUUUUAUUAAACAACAAAUUAAAACCUCUCCAUAAUUCUA